UCACUGGCCCGUCUGUGGUGCCUGGCUACUUCUCGGUGGAAGCUGAGCACGUGGUGCUGGUUCUGAACGGCAGGGAAGAGGCCAAGGUGGCCCAUGCCGCUCAGUGGCUGCUCUAUGCCCAGACCCUGAUUCACACUCGCCGGAUCCGGCACGUCGCUGUUGUGCUGCUUGGAAAUGAGCAGUGCCACAACGAGUGGAUACGGCCGUACCUGAAAAGAAACGGAGGGUUUGUGAGUCUACUGUUUGUAACGUAUGACUAUCCGCUGGCCAACGAAGAAGAUAUUUUCCAGUGGCCUUUGGGAGUAGCUACCUACAGAAAUUUUCCAGUUGUGGAACCCAGCUGGGCAAUGCUACAUAAUCCACGAUCAUAUCUGUGCAACUUUUUAGGAACAGUUUAUAAAAACUCUUCUAGGGAAACCCUGUUGGAAAUUCUGAAACAGGAUGGGCUUGAUAAACUUUGCUGGAUUGCAGCCAGAGAACAGUGGCAGCCUCAAGAAACAAAUGAAAGUUUCAGAAAUUAUCAAGAUGCUUUGCUGCAGAGUGAUCUGACAUUGUGCCCAGUGGGAAUAAAUACAGAAUGCUAUAGAAUAUACGAAGCUUGUUCGUAUGCAUCUGUGCCAGUUGUAGAAGAUGUAAUGACACCAGGUGACUGUGGAAAUUCAUCAGUGCAUCACAGUGCUCCGCUGCAAUUACUAAAGACCAUGGGGGCUCCAUUUAUCUUUAUUAAAGACUGGAAAGAGCUUCCUUCUCUUUUGGAGGAAGAAAAAAAAAAGAGCUUACAAGAAAAGAUUCAGAGGAGAAGAAAGCUCAUAGAAUGGUAUCGAAACUUCAAAGCAUUGAUGAGGCAGAAAUUCAUUAAUACUUUGGAAAAUUCAUUUUUACCCAGUGAUAAAGGAUAAAUUGCCCAUUUUGCA